CUCAGUUGUCAGUUGGGACAUUUUACGGGAAAUAAAACCAUCACAUUUCUCGUCGUAGUUUACCUCAUAUUUAACUAUACGACACUUUUGUGUGGACAACAUUUCCCAGAAGGCCGCGGGCGCGAACCAAACUGUGGGUGUCGUCAGCUACACACCGGUGGCGUGGGUCUCUCUUGUCAAACUGGAAAAUACUUCUGCUGUUUCCUCAGUUUAAACAACGCAACUGUAUCCAGCGGAUAUUGUAGUUUAAAAUGACGGAGCGGAAAGGAACAGCUAAGUUGGAUUUUCUUAGGAAAAUUGAGCAAGAGAUCCAGGAGAAAUGGGAGAAGGAGAAAACAUUUGAACAGGAUGCACCAGCAACAACUGAAGAAAGCACAAAUGAAAACAAGUACUUUGUCACCUUCCCCUACCCUUACAUGAAUGGCAGAUUGCACCUUGGCCAUACGUUUAGCUUGUCAAAAUGUGAGUUUGGUGUUGGUUACCAGUCUUUAAAAGGGAAGCGAUGCCUCUUCCCAUUUGGGCUGCACUGCACAGGAAUGCCAAUCAAAGCCUGUGCAGACAAGCUGAUGAGGGAGAUGGAGCUCUAUGGAAACCCUCCACAGUUUCCAGAUGAGGAGGAAGAGGAGAAAGAGAAGACAAAGACAUCUGAUGAAAUCAUCAUCAGAGACAAAGCAAAAGGAAAAAAGAGUAAAGCAGUGGCCAAAUCCGGUUCCUCGACCUUCCAGUGGGAUAUAAUGAGGUCUUUGGGCCUUAAUGAUGUGGAGAUUGCCAAAUUUGCCAGUGCUGAACACUGGCUGGAGUACUUCCCUCCUCUAGCUGUCAAAGACCUGAAGAAAAUGGGAGUCAAGGUUGACUGGAGGCGUUCAUUUAUCACUACAGAUGUGAACCCCUACUACGACUCAUUUGUCAGGUGGCAGUUUCUCACACUGAAGGACAGGAAAAAGAUCAAGUUUGGAAAAAGGUACACCAUAUACUCCCCCAAGGAUGGGCAGCCGUGCAUGGACCAUGACCGGCAGACGGGAGAGGGAGUUGGACCUCAGGAGUACACUCUCAUUAAGAUGAAGAUCGUUGAACCAUACACUGCAAAAUUCAAGUCCAAAGUUUUUUAUAGCAGCGGCAUGAAAGGUAAAAACAUCUUCCUGGUGGCUGCCACUCUGAGGCCAGAGACCAUGUUCGGUCAGACCAACUGCUGGGUGAGGCCCGACAUGAAGUACGUUGCCUUUGAGACAACCAACGGGGACAUAUUCAUCUGCACCAGUAGAUCUGCCAGGAACAUGUCAUUCCAGGGCUUCACCAAAGAGAAUGGAGUGGUGCCAGUGGUACUGGAAAUACUGGGACAGGACAUCCUUGGCUGUGCGCUGAGUGCUCCUCUGACUUCCUACAAGAUCAUCUAUGCUCUGCCCAUGCUCACCAUCAAAGAGGACAAAGGUACUGGGGUAGUUACCAGCGUACCGUCUGAUGCUCCUGAUGACAUUGCAGCUCUCAGAGACAUCAAGAAGAAGGAGGCUCUACGGGAGAAGUAUGGAAUUGAGGAUAAAAUGGUGUUGCCCUUUGAGCCGGUGCCUAUCAUAGAGAUCCCAGGCUACGGGAACCUGUCCGCUCCUCUGGUGUGUGACGAGCUAAAAAUCCAGAGCCAGAAUGACAAGGAGAAGCUGGCUGAGGCCAAGGAGAAAGUCUACCUCAAAGGCUUUUAUGAAGGGAUCAUGCUAGUUGAUGGCUACAAGGGGCAGAAGGUCCAGGAUGUGAAGAAGCCAAUCCAGAGGUUGAUGGUAGAGAAGGGGGAAGCCAUGAUUUACAUGGAACCAGAAAAACAGGUGAUGUCGCGUUCAGCUGACGAGUGUGUGGUGGCUCUUUGUGACCAGUGGUAUUUGGACUAUGGCGAUGCUGAGUGGAAGAAGCAGGCCAAUGAAGCCCUCAAGUCUUUGGAGACAUUUUGUGACGAGACACGACGAAACUUUGAGGCAACGUUGGACUGGCUGCAGGAGCAUGCGUGUUCCCGCACAUAUGGACUUGGAACACGGCUUCCUUGGGACGAGCAGUGGCUGAUUGAGUCACUAUCGGACUCCACCAUCUACAUGGCGUUCUACACUGUAGCCCACCUCCUUCAGGGAGGUGUGCUCAAUGGACAGGGAGCCUCCCCUCUGGGCAUUAAAGCAAGGCAGAUGACCAGAGAGGUGUGGGACUAUAUCUUCUUUAAGACGGCUCCUUUUCCAAAGACUGACAUCCCCAGAGAGCAUCUCCAGAGGCUGAGGAGAGAGUUUGAGUACUGGUACCCUGUGGAUGUGCGCGUGUCUGGCAAAGACCUGGUUCCCAACCAUUUGUCCUACUAUCUCUACAACCAUGUGGCAAUGUGGCCUGAAGACAAUGGGAAGUGGCCGAAGGCAGCACGAGCCAAUGGACAUCUGCUCCUUAACUCAGAGAAGAUGUCCAAAUCAACUGGGAACUUCCUCACUCUCAGUCAAGCUAUUGACAAGUUCUCAGCAGAUGGUAUGCGUCUGGCUUUAGCUGAUGCUGGCGAUACGGUGGAAGAUGCCAACUUUGUUGAGACCAUGGCUGAUGCUGGCAUCCUGCGCCUCUACACCUGGGUGGAGUGGGUGAAGGAGAUGAUUGCAAACCAGAACAACCUGAGGACCGGACCUGCAGACACCUUCAACGACCGGGUAUUUAACAGUGAGAUGAACGCUGGCAUCUUGAAGACUGAGCAGCACUACGAUAGGAUGAUGUACAAAGAGGCUUUAAAAAGUGGCUUCUUUGAGUUCCAGGCAGCCAAAGAUAAGUAUCGUGAGCUGGCUAUCGAAGGCAUGCACAGGGACCUCGUCUUCCAGUUCAUAGAGAGUCAAACGCUGUUGCUGGCCCCCAUCUGCCCACACCUUUGUGAAUACACCUGGAGUCUGCUGGGCAAGACCAGCUUGAUGAAGGCGUCGUGGCCUGUGGCGGGUCCAGUUGAUGAGAUUCUGAUCCGCUCGUCUCAGUACCUGAUGGAGACCGCUCACGACCUCCGCCUGCGACUCAAAGCUUACAUGGUUCCACCCAAGAACAAGAAAGGUGACUCAAAGCCCCCAGCCAAGCCCUCGCACUGCACCAUCUACGUGGCCAAGAGCUACCCUCCCUGGCAGCACAGCGCCUUAUCCCUGCUUGGCAAACAUUAUAAGAGCAACAAUGGCGUCCUUCCAGACAACAAGGUGAUAGCCAGCGAACUGGGAGCCCUGCCUGAGCUGAAGAAAUACAUGAAGAGAGUCAUGCCUUUUGUCGCCAUGAUCAAGGAGAACCUGGAGAAGAAUGGACCCAGGGUUUUGAAUCUGGAGCUGGAGUUUGAUGAGCGUGCAGUUCUGAUAGAGAACCUGGUCUAUUUAACAAAUUCUCUGGAGUUGGAGCAGAUCGACAUCUUGUUUGCUUCGGAGGCUGACGACAAAGUGAAGGAAGACUGUUGCCCGGGGAAACCGUUCUGUGUUUUCAGAUCAGAGCCGGGAGUGAGCGUGUCCCUGGUCAACCCUCAGCCGUGCAAUGGGCUGUUUUCUACAAAGGUUGACAUCAGACAAGGAGACAGAAGAGACUGUGUCAUCCGUAGAUUAGCCAAGGUCAACAGACUCAUCAAAGACCUUUCCAGGGUGAAGCUGAUGAGGUACGAGGACCCCCUGCUGGGGCCACGCAGGGUGCCUGUCCUGGGACAGGAGGAACAGGGCAAAUUACCCAUCUCCAGCAAAUCGGUGUUCAACAUCAAUCUAGAGGAGAAGAAGGUCACCCUGGCUGACAACGGCCUCACCGUGGACAUCGGGGACACUUUGGUUUAUCUGAUUGAUUAGAUUAACAUUCACUUAAUCACACGCAGGCACACGGGGGCACAUUCAGCAGUGAGUUAUUUGUGAGGGACUCAUUUAGAUCAUGAUAUGCUACGAUAAAAUGGACUGAAGCCAUAGUAUGCUGACUAAAUCUUCUGUGUUUCAGACUUCAUGUUACUCUGAUGUGCUGAUGCACAUUGUAUUAUGUUGUAAAGAUCCUCGUCGUUUCACUGCCGGGUGUUCCCUCGGAAUAUUUGAAUCUAACAGGACGGGUUUGGUCUCUGUUUCACUGAUAUCAUUCUAAGACUGCGGGUUUCUUCUGUACUUGCAGUGGAUGGAUCAGCUGCAUGAAAGGAAUGUCUCUGACAUCUGUGAAACAUCACAAUCAUUUUCCUAGAUUUUGGUUUUGUCAAACACGACACCAUGAAUCUGCCGUUUCCUCCCUGUUUAUUAUGACUCUAAUACACAGAAUUGGUUCUUCAUUAUAAAAGCAUUUUUUUUUGGUCGAAGGCCAACCUCCUUUGCAUCCUCGUCAUUCUAUUGUUUUCCGUAUAGAUGCUAACGCGUCUGCUGUGUUGGUUUGAGUGGAGACGUGUCCUUCCCUCGCGUCAGCUUGUCAGACAGCUUCCCUGUUUUCUAGCUGAGGAAAGCAGCAUCCACAGCGUAGCCAUGGCUGCUGCUUCCCCCACUGCUUUUCCAGAAAUAAAAUAAAACUUGUGAAAUA